AUGAACAAGAAACAUGAAGCAAGCGUUCCUGAGGUCGAAGGACACAUUUCACAGAAGUAUGAGAUCAAAAAGAGACUCGGAAAAGGGGCCUAUGGGAUUGUGUGGAAGGCAGUAGACAAGCAGACUGGUGAGGUAGUGGCUAUUAAGAAAAUCUUUGAUGCCUUUAGAAACCGGACAGAUGCUCAGCGCACCUUCAGGGAAAUCAUGUUUCUGCAGGCGUUUGGAGAUCAUCCAAACAUUGUGAAACUUCUGAAUGUCAUUAGAGCCCACAAUGACAAAGACAUUUAUCUCAUCUUUGAGUUCAUGGAUACUGAUCUUCAUGCAGUAAUAAAGAAAGGCACUCUUUUGAAAGACAUCCAUAAGCGUUAUGUGAUGUACCAGCUCCUCAAAGCCAUCAAAUAUUUGCACUCUGGAAAUGUUAUUCACAGAGAUCAAAAGCCUUCUAAUGUGCUUCUGGACACUGACUGUGUAGUGAAACUGUGUGACUUUGGCCUGGCUCGAUCACUCAAUCAAAUCCAGGAGGACAGUGUGAAUCCAGCAUUAACUGAAUAUGUGGCCACACGAUGGUACCGAGCUCCAGAAAUCCUUCUUGGAUCCCCGAGGUACACAAAAGGAGUUGACAUGUGGAGCCUUGGCUGUAUUCUAGGAGAGAUGAUUUUGGGGAAAGCACUGUUUCCCGGAACUUCUACAAUUAAUCAAAUAGAACUGAUCAUGAGUGCCAUACCACACCCAACUCCUGAAGAUAUUCUUGCCAUGAAAUCUGAAUAUGGAUCCUCUGUAAUUCAGCGAAUGCUGCUAAAACCGCAAGUGCCUUUAGAGGACCUUCUGCAGCCCCCGGUCCCCGCUGAUGCCCUGGACCUGCUCAAGGGACUUCUGGUGUUUAAUCCUGACAAGAGGUUGACUGCCGAACAAGCCUUAGAGCAUCCCUAUGUCGCUAAGUUUCACAAUGCCGCUCGAGAACCUUCCCUCAACUAUGAUGUUAUUCUUCCAAUUGAUGACGAUGUCAGGCUGUCUGUCGUUCAGUAUCGUAAUAAGCUUUAUGAGAUGAUGCUUGAACAGAGAAAUGAUCAAGGGAUGCUAAAACUUAUGAAUCAAAAAAGUGAAACUAAAGUCGGGGACAGCUGCCGGGCAAAUGGAAAACCUGACAAGGAACAAGUCGAAUCAAGUCACAAUAAGACAAGUGACAACAAAGCACUUGGGGAAACAGAGAAAAUGGACAAGAAUCCAAAUGAGGCUAUGUCAAAUCCCGGUUCUAAAGCUUAUCCAGACGAAUCAGAGGCAGAGAGAACAAACCAGCCCCUGAGCCCUGCUGUGGGAAAAUGUACAUACAACCCAAUAACACAUGUCCAAAAUGGAUACGUGCAAAAUCCAGGGGCUCAUCCUCGUUAUUACUCAACUGUCAAUCCGACUGUAUCAGAAGCAGCCCCAAGUAAUGGAGCUACUUUACCAGCAGAGGGCACUAGUGUGAACACAACAACCAUGGACCAGAUCAUUCAUCGAGGACGCUCAGCUCCUUUGAACCAAUCUCGAUCCUUCUCUUCAAACAUAAACCAGACACAAAACAACCCAUUGGUUCGCAAAGAAGACCCUCUGCUGUCUUCUGGACUAUGCAUUACAUCAGCGCGCCUGAACCAACGAUCUCAAGUUCAUGACACACAACCUCCUCCUCGUUUCAGCAAGAAAGUAUUUCAAAAUAACAGUAAUGUUGCAGCAGCAGGAGACCCUCGAGCCAAACUAGGAAGCUAUUCUCAGGCAUAUGUUCCAGCAACAACAGAGACUCGCAGACAGCGGACAGAGCCGAGAGUUUCAUCUUCUUUCUCGCACUCAAAACAAGCGAGGAACACGGGAUUAUUAUUGGUGCCGGGCUUUGGUGUGCCCCCUCCAAACUACAACCAACCCCCAGGUCCAUACCCCCCAGCAGCUGGUUAUGGGAAGCCAGGGAUUGGACAGGCUGCUCCUGGAUUUGCCCCUGGUCCCUACCCACAGAUGCCUUAUCCUCAGAUGCCCUACCCACAGGGGCCUUAUCAGCAAGGACCGGCACAGCCAGGCUUUGGUGUCGACCCCAAUGCUAUGGGUAGCCCAGGCUAUGGUGAUGGACCACCAUCUUACUAUGACAACGAUGAAUUCACCAAUUCUGGCUUUGAAGAUAAAACCAUUCGACGGGCCUUCAUCAGAAAGGUCUUCUUGGUACUUACCGUACAGCUGACGGUCACCUUCUCUUUUGUGGCUGUGUUCACUUUUGUCGAUGACGCCAAGUACUUUGUCCGCCGUAAUCCAUGGACAUACUAUAUAUCUUAUGCAGUUUUUUUUGUGACUUUAAUUGCCCUGAGUUGCUGUGGAGAUUUCCGCCGCAAACAUCCUUGGAACUUGGUUGCACUGUCGAUCUUGACCCUGAGCCUGUCCUAUAUGGUGGGAAUGAUCGCAAGCUUUUAUGACACAGAGACUGUCAUUAUUGCAGUGGGCAUCACGGCUGUGGUCUGCUUCACUGUUGUCCUCUUCUCCCUACAGAGCAAAUAUGACUUCACUUCCUGUCGGGGUGUGCUGUUUGUGUGCCUGAUAGUCCUGAUGGUUUUUGGUUUACUCUGUAUCUUCAUACGUCACAAGAUAUUGCACAUUGUCUAUGCCUCACUGGGGGCUCUGGUCUUCACCUGCUUCUUGGCCGUGGACACUCAGAUGCUUUUGGGGAACAAGAAGCUCGCCUUGAGCCCAGAGGAGUACAUCUUUGCUGCUCUUAACCUCUACACUGACAUUGUCAACAUUUUCCUCUACACCUUGGCCAUUGUGGGACGUUCCCGUGAAUAA